AUGACACAGUCACCCAUGAUCUCGGUGCCUCUGAAGGCUACCAAUGAGAUCGACUGGGUUGCGCCGCUCAAGUCUUACAUACAGAAUACAUACGGUGACGACCCGGAAAGAUAUGCAGAAGAAUGUGCGACCCUGAAUCGCCUGCGUCAGGACAUGAGAGGGGCCGGGAAAGACAGCACCGCUGGACGAGACCUUUUAUAUCGGUACUAUGGUCAGCUUGAGUUAUUGGACCUGCGCUUCCCUAUCGACGAACAACACAUCAAAAUAUCUUUUACGUGGUUUGAUGCCUUCACUCAUAAGCCGACAGCGCAAUAUUCCUUAGCUUUUGAAAAAGCGUCUAUCAUAUUUAACAUCGCUGCCGUCUUGUCAUGUCAUGCCGCAAAUCAAACACGGUCAGAAGAAGGCGGCCUAAAGACUGCCUACCACUCGUUCCAGGCGUCGGCCGGCAUGUUCACCUAUAUCAAUGAGAACUUCCUGCACGCACCUUCCUCAGAUCUUAGCCGCGACACUGUUAAGACACUGAUCAGCAUUACACUGGCCCAAGCCCAGGAGGUGUUUCUUGAGAAGCAAAUAGUAGAUCAAAAGAAGGUGGGCUUGCUUGCCAAGUUAGCCAGCCAGGCGGGCUCGCUUUAUACCCAAGCCGUUGAAGGUGUCCAAGACAAUGUGAACCGGGCUAUUUUUGAGAAAGUAUGGCUUUCAAUGGUCCAAGUCAAGGCAAACCUACUAAAUUCUAUGGCCCAGUAUUUUCAAGCCCUUGCUGAUGACGAUGCAAAUUCCCAUGGAACAGCCGUUGCAAGACUUCAGUUGGCCGAGAAAUUGGCAAAGGAGGCCAACAGGGUGGCUAACAACUUUCCCGGUUCCAUGCCCCCGAGCUCGAAUCUUCAAGCGGAUUGUGGCACUAUACUAAGCGAUGUCACCAAACGACAUCUCUCCACCGUUCAAGAUAAGUUGAAAGAGCUGUCGAAGGACAACGAUUACAUCUAUCAUCAGACAGUCCCGGCAGAGGCAAGUGUUGCUCCAGUAGCAAAGUUACCUGCUGCAAAGCCCAUCCCGGUGAAAGAUCUUUACGCAGGACAAGAUAUCGAGCGCAUAACGGGGCCAGACUUAUUCGCCAAGAUUGUGCCAUUGGCUGUUACGGAAUCUGCAAGUCUUUACGACGAAGAGAAGGCCAAGUUGGUUAGAGCAGAGACAGAGCGGGUAGAUCUUGCGAACAGCGAGAUGGCUGCGAGUCUUGAUUACUUGCGACUUCCAGGUGCACUACAAGUCUUGAAAGGAGGAUUCGAUUCAGACAUCCUACCAGACGAGGACUUCAGGACGUGGUGCGAUGAUGUUGCAGGACACGAGAACCCCAUCUCCAUUUUCGACACUCUCCGGAUAGAAAAGGAUGCUAUCAUUUCCAUCUUGGAUAGGAGCUCGAAACAGUUGGAUAUGGAGGAAAGUGUCUGUGAGAAGAUGCGGUCGAAAUACGAAGGCGAGUGGACACAACAGCCUAGCUCAAGGUUAACGACAACAUUGAGGAGUGACAUUCGAAAUUAUCGCGAGGCGUUGGAUGAAGCUUCGCGAAGUGACGGCCAAUUAGCUGCAAAAUUCCGUCAAAGUCAGGGCGAGUUCGAGGAAAUGCGCUCGGCAGCCCAGAACGGUGACGUGGACGGUUUAUUCCAGAGCGCUGUGAGCAAAGUUAAGGCCAAGUCGAGUAACAUCGGGAGCCCAGCAGUGGAACAGCCAAAUCUUCUUGAUGCGGACUUCGAUGACAAUGGCCCUAGCGUGAUGGAACAAAUUAGGAAGGUUGAGGAGAUCUUGAAGAAGUUGAAUCUGAUCAAGAGGGAACGCAACCAAGUUCUCAAGGAUCUUAAAGAAAAGGUUCACAAUGAUGACAUUUCAGAAAUUCUGAUUCUGAAUAAGAAGUCGAUCGCCAAUUUCGAGAACCAAUUGUUCCAGUCUGAACUCGAGAAAUUCCGCCCCCACCAGACCCGUCUAGUGGCAGCUAAUCACAAGCAGUCAGCUCUCAUGAAGGAAUUGACAGCUACAUUCAAUAGCCUCCUUCAGGACAAACGUGUCAGAGCCGAGCAAAGCAAAUACGAGUCAAUUCAGCGCCAAAGAUCUACCGUCAUUAGCAAAUAUAGGCGAGCUUACCAGGAGUUCCUGGACCUCGAGGCGGGCUUACAGAGUGCAAAGCGUUGGUAUACUGAGAUGAAGGAAACUGUCGAGAGUUUGGAAAAGAAUGUCGAAUCAUUUGUUAACAAUCGACGAUCUGAAGGAGCUCAGCUCUUGAAUCAGAUCGAACAGGAGAGAGCUAAUGUCGAUGGCAUCGCCUUCUUCACCACCAAAACCGUCUAA